AGCACAGCUGGGUAAUGAAGUAUUGAUUUUCACAGCAGGAUUUCACAUAAUACAGAGUUUUAAAAUAAUGCAUUGAAGGGGGAAAAAACAGCUUAUUCUGCUUUAUGUGCGCUUGUGUCAAUUUUAUCAGAAGAGGCACAAGAAUAAAGCUGGUUUUAGUGAAUUGUAUAAAGUUUUGACAUAUUUGAACAUAGAUUCUGAAGGAUUUGGGUUGCAUUUGAGUUUCAAGGAGUUCAACUUUACCUGUUUGAGUCAGAGUUUGAUCCCUAGUCCAUCUAACGAUGUUGGGCACUACUACAGAUAAUUCAGAAGAAGCGCAUAGUCGGGACUCAUUCUGCAAUAGCUUAUCUGGACAGCUUAUUUUUUAACUGGAAUUUUUCACAAACAACCAGAGAGAAAAUAUCUACCGACAAUUGUGAAGACAGAAACGUCUUGUUGAUGUCAAAGGAGCAGGGGUAGAUGGGUUCAAAUUGACAGAAAGGUAACAACCAUUCACUACCAAGUUCGGUGAAGUAUCAUGGAGAAAUACUCCCAAAUUAGAGUGAUCGGGGAAGGGUCAUUUGGUCGGGCUGUGUUGGUGCAAUGCAGAAACACUCAGGAAAAGUAUGUACUUAAGGAAAUACAGCUGCCAAAGAACCAGUCCAAAUUGCAAAGUUCAAGAAGGGAAGCCGUUCUACUGUCCAGAAUGAAGCAUCCCAAUAUUGUGGCUUUCAGGGAGGCAUUUGAAGGGGAUGGCUUCUUGUGCAUUGUUAUGGAGUACUGCGGUGGAGGAGAUCUGCUUCAGAGGAUCCAGCAGCAGCAGAAAUCCUCUCAAUUCACUGUUGAAAAUAUCUUGAAGUGGUUCGCUCAGAUGUGUGCAGGUGCAAAACAUAUUCAUGAUAAAAGGGUUUUGCACAGAGAUUUAAAGUCCAAGAACAUUUUCCUGACUGAUGACGGUUCAGUCAAGCUCGGGGACUUCGGCUCUGCUUGUGUUCUGAACAGCUCAAAAGCUUAUGCUCAGGCAUAUGUUGGGACGCCGUAUUAUGUGGCACCAGAAAUCUGGGACAACAAGCCGUACAACAACAAGAGUGACGUGUGGUCGCUGGGCUGCGUCCUCUACGAGCUCUGCACCCUGCGACACCCGUUCCAGGCGUCCAGCUGGAAGAGUUUGAUCCUGAAGGUGUGCCGGGGCGCGUACCCUCCACUCCCCAACCACCUGCCUUACGAGCUGCACUACCUGAUCAAGCACAUGUUCAAGACCAAUCCAAAAGACCGGCCGUCGGUGCGCACAAUCCUGACCUCUCACCGGGUUUCCAGACUCCUGCGCUCUCAUCUGCCCCCACAGGCUUCAGAGGAGGAGGGAGAGAAGAGGCGAACGGGUCGAUGGAAGAAGGAAGAAGGGCGGAAAGUGGCCAAUUUCCUGGGAGAGAAGAGUUUAAUAAAAACAUCAACAAUUGAAGGCUUGGGUGAAGAUGUACCUAAAAGCUGCUGUGAGAGCUCAGAACCAGGCUGUAGGAAGCAGUGGACGGCUGAGUCACCGAGCGCCGUGCUGCAGAUGUUGGCCAACGCCAGCCUGGCUUCAUCAGACAGCAUGGCUGCGGCUUGCCAGACCGGCUCCACCCGUGAAAGUGACUCAGAGGCCGGCAGGCAGAGAAAGCAGUGGGUGCGGGAACCUCCCGAGCGGCUCCUGGCCCUGCUGGAGAAGGCCCAGCUGAACAAAGCUUUCAGCACCUUUUUAAUUCACAGAGGAGAUGACAACCCACUGGUUGGGCCCCUCUCCCGGCAACAGGGUGAUGACACCGAUGGGCCCGAGCUAGAAGUAGCGGACGAGUACAGACUGCAGCCUCGCUCUGAUGAUGAGGACACGGACUUUGAGGAAGAAUCUCCUUGUGACUGGGUGGAUGAAGUUGAGAAAAUAUUUUCAGAACACUAAAGCCUCGUUCCUUCAGACCUCAAACAGAAAACACUAACUUUUCAAAUGUGCCAAACUUUUUCUUUUCUUUUUUUCCACAACGUUAGUUUGGGAGAAGAAGUAACUUUGAAUAUGUGAGUGAAAUAAUUGUGUCUGUAAAUGUUUGUUUUCUGUGAGGUCUGUGUGUGUGUUUUUUUUUUUAACCGAGGGUAGCAUCUGCUCCGUACUUUUUGGGACGUCGGUGAUAAGGUUCCCCAGAAGACUGAAGGCCGUCUCAGAGGCUGCUCCUUGGGAAAGCAGGAAAUAUUAAGACCCACAGAAGCUCAUUUCCUCUGAUAUCAAAAGUAGACUAAACAUGUCUUGUCUUUAAUAUUGUUUGACUUUCACGCUCUUGAAUUAAACCUAACAUUGUACACAUC